AUGGACAUACAAUUUAUCACAGAUGCAUAUUCAUGUGUAAUGUAUAUUAUAUCUUACAUUUCCAAAGCAGAGAGAGAGAUGGGGAUAGUAUUAGAAAACGCAAGCAAAGAGGCAGCAGCAGGCAAUUGUGGUGCACAACAGGCUAUGAAGAAGAUCGGGGGAGCAUACUUUCGCCAACGGGAAGUUAGUGCACAAGAAGCCGUUUAUAGAGUGUGUGGCUUACACCUGAAAGAAAGUUCUAGGAAAGUGCAGUUUGUUCCUGUUGGUGAAAAUCAAGUUAAAAUGAGUCUCCCAUUAAAUGUGAUCAUGAAGAAAGCGGAACAACUGCAGGACAAUGAUAUUUGGAUGCUGUCCCUAUAUGAUAGAUAUAAGGCAAGACCAGUGGAUAUUGUGUUUGAGAAUGUAUGCUAUGCAUCUUUUUGUUCGGAGUACCGUGUUCUUUCACCAUCUCAAAUACCGCAACAUCCUGUGAAGUGCCAGGUCUACAACUUACAACAUGAAUAUGGAUGCAUCCAAAAACGGUCUAGGACUGAUUCAGCAGUAAUUAAAUACCCUAGAUUUACACAAGAAAAAUACCCUGAGUUACAUUUUCAUGCCAAUCUUCAGCUGUUUUUGCCACACAGGUUAGAAAGUCAAUUAAAACCUAUCAAAUUUAAAACAUACGAAGAAAUGUUUAUGAAUGGUUUUGUAACAAUACCACCAGCAAAGCAACCAGUUAGUGUAAAAUCCAUUGUCGAUACCAACAGACUAUUAUUUGAACAAAAUGUUGAAGACUUGGAUGAGGCAGAGGAGUUGUUACAAGCUGAAGGAACACAAGAAGAUGCAUGGGCUUUAAUCGCGCCUGAAGCAGAGGCUGAGCGAUUGGACGGAGAACUUAGCAGAGAAGAGUUGUGUGAAAAAGAAAUUGAAAUUGAAAUACCUGAAUUAGAUACUUCUACUCGAAGAACUAAUAAAGGCCAUGAUAUUGAAAUAAGGCAAACAUUAUUUCCUGGUCCACAAAUGAAAACCUAUAUUCAACAACUUAAUACAGAACAAAAGGGUAUUUUUUACAGAAUACGACAGUGGUGUAUUGACAAGGUGAAUUCUAAGGAUCCUGAACCAUUCAGAGUCUUUAUAAAUGGAGGUGCCGGCACAGGGAAAAGUCAUUUGAUAAAGUGCAUGUAUUAUGAAAUGAACAAAAUACUAUCACCUCAUUCUGCAAAUCCUGACGAUAUAGUUGUCCUUUUAACAGCUCCUACAGCAACUGCAGCUUACAAUAUUGGAGGUACAACACUUCAUCAAGCCUUUUCCCUACCAAAAUCUCUACAUCUUCCAUAUAUCUACCUUAGAGAUGAUGCAAUUAACAAACUUCGUUCUAAAUUGCAGAAUAUGUGUAUACUGAUAAUUGACGAAAUAUCUAUGGUCGGUCAACCAGUCCUUUUGUAUAUAAGUGAGAGAUUGCGACAAAUAAAACAGAGUAGAAAUGCUCCUUUUGGUAAUAUUUGUGUUAUAGCAGUUGGUGACUUUUAUCAGUUGCCACCUGUUAAACAGAAGUCUCUCUAUAAUUUAAAGCCUGACAGCCAAUUUCCGCUUUGGAGUUCUAACUUCUCCAUAGUAGAACUAAAACAGAUCAUGAGACAAAAGGACGAUUUGAUGUUUGCACAGUUACUCAACCGUUUGCGUGUUAAAAAGAAAAGUGACUGUUUACGGUUAGAUGACAAAGCCAUUUUAGAGUCAUGUGAACAACACACAGUCCCACCUGAAACACUGCACAUAUUUGGAACUAACAAGGAAGUUGCUGAACACAACACCCAGAUGAUUGAAUCAGUUUGUCCAAUAACCCAAACUGUUGACGCACUGGAUUAUGAUAAACAUCCUCAGACAGGUAGACUUAAAGUGAGAGAGGUGCCCUAUGAAACUAAGUAUGAUUUUUUACCAGCACACUUGGUAAUUGGCCAAAAAGCAAGAGUUAUGCUCUUGAGGAAUGUAGAUUUAACUUGUGGUUUAGUCAAUGGAGCAAUGGGCACUGUUACUGAUGUUUUACCCCCAAAACCAGGGUUUUCCACGCCACAAGGUGUCAUGGUACUUUUUGACAAUGAGAAAAUUGGUCAAAGUAAAAAACAUCCUAGCUCUAAACAUCAGCCUACUAAAAUUUCGAUGUUUGAGGAAAAUCUUGAAAAAAAUGCAGUGAGGUAUCAGUUUCCACUUCAAUUGUCGUGGGCUUGUACCAUUCAUAAAGUGCAGGGCAUAACUACAGAUAAAGCUGUUGUUUCUCUAAAACAUAUCUUUGCUGCAGGUAUGACAUACGUGGCUCUUAGUCGUGUUACAUCAAUGGCUGGGCUCGUCAUUAAAGAUUUUGACGAAAAACACAUAUAUUGUAAUGAACAAAUCAGUAAGGCUCUCCAACAAAUGCCUCAGUUUUUGACGGCUAAAGACAGAACAAUUGAGCAAAAUGAGCUGGUUGUAGUCCUUCAUAAUAUCCAAGGACUAAUUCCACACAUUAACGAUAUCAGAGCUAAUUCUGACAUUUCAAAUGCAAAUUUCAUUUGUUUGACUGAAACAUGGUUGGAAAAGAAGUCUCUCUUCCCAUCAUUGGAUGGUUUUAACUUUUUGCAUAAAGAGAGAUAUUCUUCUUAUACAUCGGCAAAAGCUUUAUUUCAAGAACUUCAACAAAAAAAACACGGCGGUGUAGGAAUUUACGUGCAAAAUCAACAUCAUUGCUGUCCGCUGACAGUCGAUUCUAUGAAUAUAGAAUGUUUAGUUACAUACAUCAAGGAAAUCAAUACCAAUUUAGUCCUUGUUUAUAAACCAGAGACAUACACUACAUCAGUGUUUCUACAGGAAUUAUAUGAAGUGCUUAUUUCUAUACCCCUCGAGGAUGUAAAUACGUCGACAUUAGUGUUAGGAGACUUCAAUCAGGAUAUUCUGAAGACAAACUCAUCUAUUAAAGAGUUCAUGGCGAUUCAAGGUUUCGCACAAAUAGUUUCCAAUCCAACAACAGAUGGAGACACACUAAUUGACCAUGUCUACCUUAAUGGUAAUUUAAAGAUUUCUGUAGAAGUUAUGCAAACGUACUACAGUUACCAUAACAUGGUGUCAUUGCGAAUUAAACUUCCGACCUUAUAG